CUUUAAAACAAGUGAUUCGAUGCAUGUAGUUCAUAUAAUAUGGGUCUCCCAUUGCUACCUCAAACAACAUUAGCCUUGUAAGCACUUGAUCAAGGGUGAAAAAAAUAAUGCGUACCCUUAAGGUGCCCAUCAGUUUAUAUGUAUUUUCGAAGUUCUUAGUAAUUUGCAUGAUCAUAUCUUCUUUAGUUGAUUCAAGUUAUUCGGUGUGUGAUUUUGAGGCAAUCUUCAACUUUGGAGAUUCAAAUUCGGAUACGGGUGGGUUUCAUACAGCCUUUCCUUCACAGCCUCGUCCCUAUGGAAUGACUUACUUCAAAAAGCCAGUGGGACGUGCUUCUGAUGGAAGGCUCAUUGUGGAUUUUCUUGCUCAGGGUCUUGGCUUGCCAUAUUUGAGCCCAUAUCUACAAUCAAUUGGAUCAGACUAUACUCAUGGGGCUAACUUUGCAUCUUCAGCCUCCACUGUGCUCCCACCCACUACUUCCUUCUUUGUAAGUGGGCUCAGCCCAUUUUCCCUUUCCAUACAAAUCAGGCAAAUGGAACAAUUCAAAGCCAGAGUUGAUGAAUUUCAUCAAACAGGAACAAGGAUAUCAUCUGAUUAUUUCUCAGGAGCGAAAAUUCCUUCACCAGAUAUAUUCGGAAAGGCUAUUUACACGUUCUAUAUUGGUCAAAAUGACUUCACUUCCAAAAUAGCAGCCACUGGUGGUGUUGAUCGAGUGAGGAACAACCUUCCUCUAAUCGUUUCCCAAAUUGAUGCUGCUAUCAAGGAGCUAUAUGCACAAGGGGGGCGUACAUUUAUGGUAUUCAAUCUUGGUCCUGUGGGAUGCUAUCCAGGAUACUUGGUGGAGCUUCCUCAUGUUGCUUCUGACUUUGAUGAGUUUGGAUGCAUUGCUUCUUGCAACAAUGCUGUCAAUGAUUAUAACAAAUUGUUGAAGGAGGCAUUGAGUCAAACCAGAAAAAGUUUACUAAAUGCUUCCCUUAUUCAUGUGGAUACCCACUCUGCUCUGUUGGAACUCUUUCACCACCCCACAUAUUAUGGACUAAAGGAUGGUAGCAGAGCAUGUUGUGGGCAUGGAGGCGGUUUCUACAACUUUGAACCUAAAAUUUUGUGUGGCAAUAUGAUUGCAAGUGUAUGUGAUGAACCCCAAAACUAUGUGAGUUGGGAUGGGAUCCAUUUCACAGAAGCAGCAAACAAGAUUGUUGCACAUGCCAUUCUCAACGGCUCUCUUUUUGAUCCCCCUUUCCCUCUUCAUGAACACUGUGAUCUCCAACCUAUUGGUUGAUCCAGUGCCUGCAACAUUUGCUCUCUCUUAUUUACCUAUUAACUUAAAUCAUUUCGAAACACUCGGCAAUAUCAAAAUAUUAAGUAAUGUUUUGGUUUGUGGAGUGUCACUUAAUGCUUGUGUGUAAUAAUAGUUCGAACAAAAUCAUGGAACUUGUUGGUAUCAUUACUGUUUGAUGAAAAAAAAAAAAGUUAUGCUUUGGUUAUGUAUGUAUGGUAUGAUCAAUUUCUGAAACUGCUGAACUACCAUGCUUCAUGUUACAUACAAAAUAUUUCAGUCAGAGUUGGCCUAUCUUCCUUUAAAGAUUGUUACAAGUAUAUUGUAAUGUUCUAUUUGAGUUCCAAUAAAAAGUCCUUCAGAUUUGGGUUCUAAUGAGUA